AUGUCUUCAAGACGAUCCUUCGCGCCCUUAGGCAGUCCCAAUGGCGAUCCAACAGACAACCGCCUGCAACUCAAAGGCAUCGUCUUCGACAUGGACGGAACUCUAUGCGAACCCCAAAACUACAUGUUCGGCCAAAUGCGCGAAGCCCUCAACAUCACCAAGCAAACCGACAUCCUCGACCACAUCCACGCCUUGCCGGAGCCGGAGCAAUCCGAGGCUUUCGCGAAGGUGCAGCAGAUCGAGAGCGAUGCCAUGGUCAAGCAGACGCCGCAGGCGGGACUGGUGACGCUGAUGGAGUUUUUGGAUCGGUGUGGGGUGCGGAAGGCGAUUUGUACGAGGAAUUUCGACGCACCAGUCAACCACCUCCUAACGAACCACAUCCCUAAUCAUCUCACUCCCUUCUCUCCAGUCGUCACGCGAGGUUUCAGACCACCGAAACCUUCCCCCGCUGGGAUCUUGCACAUCGCGCAAGCAUGGGGAAUUGUCGACAGCGCGGAUGUUCCUGACACGCCACCGUCCGAGAGACCUCUCCCGUUGCUCAUGGUUGGAGACAGCGAGGACGAUGUCGCUGCCGGACGGGAUGCUGGUGCUGUGACUGUUUUCCUGACGAGUCCGGGCAAGGAGGAUCUGGAGACGGAUCCUAGGACGGAUGUGGUGAUCAAGAGGCUCGAUGAGCUUGUUGGCCUUCUGGAAAAGGGACUUGAAGCGCGGGUGUAG